AUAUUUGAAGGCAACGAACCAAUACUACAAGUGGCGGAUCCGGAACUCAUAAAACAUAUUUUGGUCAAAGAUUUUAAUGUGUUUGCGGACCGACACUCAGCGUCCAGAAGCCAUAAACACCCGAUCGCUGGCAAAAUAUUGACUGAACUUCGGGGCGACGACUGGAAGAGAGUCCGAUCCAUAGCCAGCCCUGUAUUCACUUCCGGAAAAAUGAGGAAAAUGUAUCCAAUGGUCAGACGGUCUGUGGAGGGGUUUCUAAACACUUUGGACACGUAUGCGAAAGACAUGCGAGUGAUUAACGCUAAGGAUAUGUUUGAUUGCUAUACAAUGGAUGUGAUCUCUAACUGCGCUUUCGCUAUAAAAAGCGAUGCUUUCAAAGACCCAAACAAUCCGUUUGUAGUAAACGCUACUGUUUUAUCCUUCUGUUCCUAUGAAUUGGCACUCAAUCCAGACGUUCAGCAAAAACUAUACGAAGAAGUGAUGUCUUCGUUGGACACAAACGGAGAGAUUGAUUACGAAGUGUUGAUAAAACUGCCGUUUUUGGAUGCAGUCAUCGCUGAGACUCUUAGACUUCACACUCCAACCAUCAAAAUAGGAAGAAUUGCUGCACAAGACUACCGGUUGGGAAACACCGGGAUUACUGUAUAUAAGGGACAAAUAGUAGAAAUACCGGUCUAUGCCAUCCAUCACUCGGAGGAAUACUAUACAAACCCCGAAAAGUUUAUUUCCGACCGCUUUCUACCCGAAAAUCGUCACAAAAUAAUUCCCUACACUUAUCUGCCUUUCAGUUCCGGUCCUCGAAAAUGCAUUGGAAUGAGUAUAUUUGAGGGAAACAAACCGUUAUUACAAGUGGCGGAACCGGAACUUUUAAAACAUAUCUUGGUUAAAGAUUUUCCGGUAUUUGCCGACCGAAAAGCGGGAACGGGAAACACAAAGCACCCGAUCGUAAGCCUAUUCUUAACCUCAGUUCAGGGCCGAGACUGGAAGAGAAUCCGAUCGAUAAUAAGCCCGGCGUUCAGCGCCAGCAAAAUGAAAAUAAUGUAUCUAUUGGUCAGACAGUCGGUGGAGGGCUUUAUCAACACUUUGGACACGUAUGCGAAAGACAAGCGAGAGAUUAACGCACUGGACAUGUAUGGCUGUCUAACUAUGGAUGUGAUCUCAAACUGCGCUUUCGCUACAAAAACCGAUGCUUUCAAAGACCCAAACGAUGAAAAAGAAAAAACUGUAGAUAAGGAUGAGAGCGAUACAUAUGAAGCCCAUCACAUCAAUGAAGGAGAAGAGGAGUUGAGGAUAGAGAAGAAAGUACUGGAUAUAAAGGUUUCAAAUAAGUCGUUAACUGAGAAUGAGAUCAUAGCGCAGGGAAUCCUCUUCUUUGCGACCGGAUAUUUGACAACAGCCACUACUCUAGCCUUUUGUUCCUAUGAAUUGGCACUCAAUCCAGACGUUCAGCAAAAACUAUACGAAGAAGUGAUGUCUUCAAUGGACACAAACGGAGAGAUUGAUUACGAAGUGUUGAUAAAACUCCCGUUUUUGGAUGCAGUCAUCGCUGAGACUCUUAGACUCCAUCCGCCGUCCGUAAAAAUCUCGAGGAUUGCGACCAAAGACUACCGGUUGGGAAACACUGGGAUAUUCCUACAUAAAGGAGAUGUCGUGGAAAUACCGAUCCAUGCCAUCCAUCACUCGGAGGACUACUAUCCAAACCCCGAAAUGUUUAUUCCCGACCGCUUUUUACCCGAAAACCGUCACAAAAUAAUUCCCUACACUUAUCUGCCCUUCGGUUCCGGUCCUCGAAAUUGCAUUGGAAUGAGGAAUUGA